UGACAUCACCUGCUUUCGCGUGAGUGAUUGAAAUGAUAAUUUACAGUUAUUAAUCAGUCGUUUUUUAAUUGAAAUCCAGAGCAGAGUGUUUAAAUGGCAUCAGGAAGCGCGCUGAUCUUUGAUGAGGAGAUGAGCCGUUAUAAACUCCUCUGGACAGAUCCCGUCUGUGAGAUCGAGGUGCCUGAGCGGUUCACCGUGUCUUAUGAAGCACUAAAGACUCACGGCGUGGCAGAGCGGUGCAAACAGGUGCACACAGGUUUUCGAUUUGGUUUCAAAAUCUUUUGUGUUUACUUUAGUGAGGAAUAUCUGGAGGCCGUUAAACAGACUCCCAAAAUGAGCGUGGAAGAGCUGAUGGCGUUUUCAAAGCAGUACAACGACGUCUAUUUCCAUCAGAACAUCUAUCACUGUGCUACGCUGGCCGUGGGCGCCACACUGCAGCUGGUGGACAGCGUGAUGAAGAGAGAGGUCAGGAACUGCAUGGCACUGGUCAGACCAUCUGGACACCACAGUCAGCGCUCCGCUGCGAACAGUUUCUGUGUGUUUAAUAAUGUGGCCAUCGCUGCGCUUUAUGCUAAGAAGACCUACAACCUGAACAGGGUUUUGAUUGUGGGCUGGGACGUCCACCAUGGACAGGGUGUCCAGUACUGCUUUGAAGAGGACCCAAGUGUGCUCUAUUUUUCCUGGCAUCGUUACGAGCACCAGACCUUCUGGCCCAAUCUCCCUGAGUCAGACUACUCCAGCGUUGGGAAAGGCAAAGGAUCCGGUUUUAACAUGAACCUCCCCUGGAACAAGGUGGGCAUGACGAACAGCGACGAUCUAGCUGCUUUCUUCCAUGUUCUUUUACCCGCUGCGUAUGAGUUUGACCCAGAGCUGGUUUUGGUCAGUGCUGGUUUUGAUUCAGCCAUCGGGGACCCAGAAGGUGAAAUGUGUGCUCUUCCUGAGAUCUUUGCCCACCUCACCCAACUGCUAAUGCCUUUGGCUGCAGGCAAAAUGUGCGUCGUCCUGGAGUUUUGGAAAGCUGAUGGAAACCUCUGGAACGUUGAACGACCUGCGUUUUGAUGUUCAGUUAUGGAAAAUAGUCACUUUUUUGUAUUUUGUAAAUUUUGUAUGGCAUUAAAAAUGAACCUGUUACAGGUUGUUUGACCUUGUUGCUUGUAUAAGGUUUGUUUAGUUAGA